CGUGUCACAUCUCACGUCGUUCGAAGCUGAGCAUUCUUCAGCAAUUGCUUGGUUCAUUUCGACUCAUCUUGGCUCAGAGCUUUGAAUAGGAUGCUUGUUGGCAAUAGGCUACAAUAGGCGGCAUGUCACAAACGCCUAAGGCGUUUGAGUGGCCAGUGGUUGCAAACCCCCAGCCUAGUUCGAGGGUGAUUUCGGACCCAAAGGACUGGCGUGAAGAGGCUGUGCUUGUGCCUCACGAGCCAAUCCGUUGGUGUGGAAGAGAACUCUUUAAAGUCCUCGAUGAAUUUGAUCCUGUCUCAAGGUCAAGCUGUGUCUGGAAAACCAAAGUUCUUUUCGACUUCUUAGAGUCCUACUACAUCCCCUGCGUUCAUCACCAUCAUGAUUCAGAGGAGAAGAUCUACAAUGUUCAUAUCUUAAAGAAAUGCCAAGCCCAGGGAAUGGAGGAUCCUUUCAGCACCAUCAAGAAGGAGCACGAGGAGCUUUUGGCUAAGUUGCAUAAUAUUUCUGGCUAUCGAACAGCAUUUGAAAAGCGAGAUGCCAAAGCCGCGAAAAAAUUGGCGGAGUUCAAACAGUUCUUCAAAGAGUAUCUUCGUUUCAUGGAGGAUCAUUUGGCUGAGGAGGAACGAAGCUAUCCGAAGAUUCUUCGCGAUUGUGGCAUGACACAGGAAGAAGAGCGGAAAGCAGUGGAUGAGAUCCUCCAGAGCUUGGGCUUGGAUGGAAACAAGCGUAUCUUGCCUGCCAUUCUCUAUGCCCAGUGCAUGUGGAAAGGCAAAGAGCAGAUGUUGGAGUGGUACAGCGCUGUUCCACUGCCAAUCCGAAUGUUGAACGAGAGUUGCUGGAUUGAUGACUUCUAUCAAAAUCAACUCCAGGUCUUAGAAGCUCUCCAGAAGGACGAUGAAUUCCAACCACAGACGCCCUCUUGCAAUGUGUGCAAUUGUUCUUUGAUGUGAGCACUGUGAGUUUUAACAGUGCUUUCUCUGUGAGAACUUUAGACCGCUGCGCCUCUGCGCCUCUGCGCCUCUGCACCUCUGCACCUCUGCGCCUCAGCCAUCCUCCCGGCUGCGCGCCGGCUGCACUGCGUAGAACGUCCAAAAA